AUGUAUACCGAGGACAUAAUCGUAAUUUUAGUUGAUUCACCGACGCUAAGAAGCUAUAAAUUCGACGUCGUGUUCUCCUCUCGCUUCCUCCUCGCUCUGAAUUUCCACAUCUGUACACCAUCUGCAGAUCUGCCGCGGAUCAAAUCUCAUUUUCACGGAGCACACUACUAUCAAUUCUUACUCAGAAGAUUCAAGAUCUGGUUGUUGCUUGUUUCCUUGACCAUUUUUCGACUGUGUCAUGGUUUUUAUCUCCCUGGUAGUUAUCCUCACAAGUAUGGGGUUGGUGAUUUCUUGAACGUUAAGGUUAAUUCUUUGACAUCAAUUGAAACUGAAAUGCCCUUCGGGUAUUAUAGUUUGCCAUUUUGCCAGCCGAAAGAGGGUGUUAAGGAUAGUGCAGAAAAUCUUGGCGAGCUUCUAAUGGGAGAUAGGAUUGAGAAUUCUCCCUAUAGAUUUAAGAUGUAUACAAAUGAGACUGAUAUUUUUCUGUGCAAAACCAAGCCUUUAUCUGGUUUUAAAGCAUUGAAAUUAGACAAAGAGGAGAACCAGAAUCCGAGAGGAUCCUCGCCAUGCCUCCAACAAGUAGACUACAAGAAUGUAAAAUACCAUAACAUCGAUUGGAACCUUAAUCAAUAUCUUAGACACUGUAAAUGGUGCAUUUGGAUGUCAUGUAACCAGCUAAAUUUGGAUGAACAGUGA